UCCUCCGGACCGCGUACCCCCCGCGCUGCUGGCCCUCCCUCCCGGGAUGGCUCCUCUGGCUGUCUCAGGCUCGGUGGCCGUGCGGUCCAGGAAGCUAAAAAUAACUCUGGGGGAGGAUGGGAGCGGCUGCAGAGACACCCCAGCACGAAGUGAGGGGUACCUGGCAGGGCCUGGACCUCGAAAUCCGGGUGGGAUUGGGGGGCGCGGGCAGCGGGGCAGGUUCCGCCAGGAGACGAUCCAGUGACAGGCAAGGGUCUAACCAGAGCCCUGAGCCACGCGCGCCCGGAGCCCCACCCGGGGGCCGCUCAGAUUUUGUGCGCGGCGGCCUGUGAUGCGCGUUCACCCUCGCGCGCCCGGGACGCUGCGCUCGCGGCGCGCCGCUCGUAGCCGGGCCUGGGGCUCAGCGCCUCGCCAGCAGCCUCCACGUCUCCCGCCCGGCCGCGUCGCUCGCCUUCCUACUGGGUCCGAGAGUUCCCGGACCCAGCCAAAGGGCUGAGCGCUUGGCCGAGCCGUGGGCGCGGACCGGGCUGGGGCGGAGCGGCAAGGCCAGGGCCCCGCUGGCUUGCGCUGUGCGGGGCCCGGGUUCCACCCCAGCGCACGCCUGGGCCGCGGGGCGUGGCCAGGCCGGGAGGCUAGGCACGGCGCCCUCCCCGAAGUUGAGCGAAAAGUUUGAGGCUGGAGGCAGCGAGGCCGCGCAGUCAGCGUUUACUCGGCGCUCCGGUUGCUCCGCAGAUGCGAGGCUGAGCCCGGGACCGGCUGUGUUCAGCCCUUGGCCACUGUGGGGAACGGAGAUCCGGCAACCACAGGGAAUGACGCGGGUGCCCCCACAGCCCCGGCAACGGGCGGGGAGGGCGAGCCCCAAAGCCGUCACCGAGAGGCCCGCCUGGGCAGCACCGAUAAGGGGCUGAAGUCAGGAGCCGCUGCGGCGGACAGCGUCCGGACAGCGCCGGGGACCCCUUGGCAGCGGGGCGAGGUCAUGGAUGCAGCGGGCGGCUCCCGGAACCUGCUCCCAAGGCCCUGCCACGUGCUGGUGUUGUUAAAUCCGCGCGGGGGCAAGGGCAAAGCCCUGCAGCUCUUCUGGAGCCACGUGCAGCCGUUGCUGGCCCAGGCCGACGUCUCCUUCACGCUGAUGCUCACUGAGCGGCGGAACCACGCCCGGGAGCUGGUGCGCGCGGAGGACCUGAGACGCUGGGACGCGCUGGUGGUCAUGUCCGGAGACGGGCUGAUCCACGAGGUGGUGAACGGGCUCAUGGAGCGGCCUGACUGGGAGACCGCCAUCCAGAAGCCCCUGUGUAGCCUCCCGGCCGGCUCUGGCAAUGCAGUGGCCGCUUCUUUGAACUAUUACGCCGGGUACGAGCAGGUGACUAAGGAAGACCUCCUGACCAACUGCACGCAGCUGCUGUGCCAGCGGCUGCUGGCGCCCAUGGACCUGCUAUCCCUGCAGACGGCCUGUGGGCAGCGCCUCUUCUCUGUGCUCAGCCUGGCGUGGGGUUUCAUCGCCGACGUGGAUCUGGAGAGCGAGAAGUUUCGGCGCCUGGGCGAGAUGCGCUUCACUCUAGGCACCUGCCUGCGCCUGAUGGCCCUGCGCACCUACCGGGGCAGCCUGGCCUACCUGCCCGCAGAAACGCUGGCUUCCGGGAGGGGCCCCUCCUUGGCUCAGGCCCCGCAGGGCCCCGCGGACACCCAUGUGGUGCCCCUGGAGCAGCCAGUGCCCCCUCACUGGACGGUGGUGCCGGAGCAGGACUUCGUGCUGGUGUUGGCACUCCUGCACUCCCACCUGGCCAGUGACCUUUUCACCGCCCCCAUGGGCCGCUGUUCGGCCGGCGCCAUGCAUCUGUUCUACGUGCGUGCUGGCGUGUCCCGGGCCACGCUGCUGCGCCUCUUCCUGGCCAUGGAGAAAGGCAGGCACAUGGAGUGCCACUGCCCCCACCUGGUAUAUGUGCCUGUGGUUGCCUUCCGUCUGGAGCCCAAGGAUGGGAAGGGUGUGUUUGCUGUGGAUGGGGAACUGCUGAUCACCGAGGCUGUCCAGGGCCAGGUUCUCCCCAACUACUUCUGGAUGGUCAGUGGCUACAGGGAGCCCCCACCCUCUCUGAAACCGCAGCCCUCACCCCGCAGGAAGUCUCAGCAGACGCCGCCCCCAUCAGAGUGCCCCUGACUCCGUGGGCCUUGCCCGUGCCUUUGUCUACUUGGUUCACUCUGUGCUCAGGCCCCGCCACCCCUCUCUCCCUCCUCCCCCAGGACUGGAGGGCCUGUCCACAGACCACGUGGUGAGUUGGGAGGAGGAGGAGGAGAAGGAAGACUGGAGAAGGGUGGGAAGGACAGGCUCUGCCCACCGAAGGCCAGAUGGAGUGUUGGGGUAGGAGCAGGGAAGCCACCUUUGAAUCAGAUCUGAAUAAAGUGACAUUCCCAGCC